AUGAAAGAUAAACCAAAACGUACUCAUGCAACUAUUGCGUGCAUUAAUUGUCGAAAUAAACGGAUACGAUGUUCUUAUGUUGCAAAUGCUUGUAAAAAUUGUGCAAAACAAAAUCUCCAAUGUACUUUUAUUAAAUCUAGUAGAAAACGUGGUCCUAAAGGAGUUGACAACAAGAAUGUUAUAAAUCAAGAUGAUAAAUAUCGUGCUGUUAAUAAUAUUCAUGACGGUGUACUAUUUAAUAAUAGUGAGUUAUUCAAUUCAUCCCUUUAUCACAAUGUGCAAGAUAUCAAUCAUUUUGUAAACUCCUGUGGAAGUCAUUACCCCUCGGAAUUUCAGAUGAACAUCGUUUCUCAAGGACCUACGCAUUAUUAUCCUAUGGAACUUUCUUGGUAUUUCAUGAUAGUCAAUG